AUGAAAGAAGUAAGAAAGGAUAAAAGAAUAUAUGAAGUAAUUGAAAAAGAGGUUAUGAGCUGUGAGUAUCUUAAGAAAGAAAAAGAGCUUAUCAUUAAUGGAAUAUCAUAUCUGGAAAUUAUUAAGAUUUAUUCUAGCUUUAAUAUAUCAACAGUUCCAGUUAUUGAUGUUAAUGAAAUUUAUAUAGAAGGAGAUGAAAGUGAAAUAUCAAAUAAUUUAUAUAUGGAAGAUGAUUCUAAAAUUCAAGGGAAAUAUACAAUAGAUGAUAUCAACAAAAUGAUAAAAACAGAAGAAAAAGAAAUUUUAAAUGAACCAGAUCCUCAAUUGCAAAAAAUUAAAGAUGCAUUAAAAGAAAAUGAGUUUAUUAAAGAAGAACAAAAACAAAUAGUAAUUGAAAUUACUCAAAGAAGAGAGUUUAAAAGAAAAAUGAAUGAAUUAAUAAAUCAAUAUAUUCAAAAUACACUUAGUUUAAAAACUAAUGAAGCUGAUAACCAAAAAGUUGUUAAUCAGUUAACAGAACAAGAAUUAAUAAAUAAAGAUAAAGAAUAUUUUGAAGUAAAAGAAAAUAAACCCCAAAAAAUAAAAACUGAAGAUGAAAUAAAACCUAAAAAAAUUCCAAAGAAAAGAUUAAUCCCCAUUAAAAAUUUUCAAAAAAUUAGAAAACAUAAUUUAAGACCACGAAUACAAUCAAGUAAGGCUGUUGAUUUUAUUGAUGAAAUUCAAAUAAAUAGAGUUUCUGAUUCUAAAGAAUUAAUGAAAAAAUUUGGUAAUUUAGGGAAAGAAACUGAUAGAAAAUAG